GCGCCGGCGGUGUUGUCAGUGUCAGCUCUGCGCACGCAGCCCUCUCCGAGCCGGUGCCGGCCUGGAGCCCCCGCGUCUCUGCAGACCAGUCCCCGCCAGGGUCCGGCGGGGCCAGCGCCGUGGGAGGAGUCGGGCGCUGGCCGGCAAGUAACUGAGGUCGGACUGCUGACCAAGCGAGGAGGGACCCCGACCACGAAGACAGAGACCCCGGCGUUGAGACCCUCGAGGACCUCCUCUCCCGGAUCUGUGGCACCCGCUAGUCCCGGUCACUCCACCCCGGAGAGCCCCCGAACCCGCGCGCCCAGCCCCGGGGGAGCCCACCCGCGCCCCGCGGCCCGACCGGGCCAUGCUCCCCCGGGGCAGCGGCUGAGCCCGAGCCGGGACCGGGACCGGGACCGGGACCGGAACCCGCGCGGAGCAUGGAUCCCGGCUGGGGGCAGCGGGACGUGGGCUGGGCGGCGCUGCUGAUCCUCUUCGCCGCCUCGUUGCUCACGGUGUUCGGCUGGCUGCUGCAGUAUGCCCGGGGCGUGUGGCUGGCGCGGGCCCCCCGGGACCAGGGCCUGGGACCCGCCUUAGUCGCGGAGCCCACGGGUUCCCUGCGGGAGCUGGGCGUGUGGCGCUCGCUGCUGCGGCUGCGGGCAACUCGGGCCGGCGCCCCUGAGGAGCCAGGCGUCCGGGGCCUCCUGGCGUCGCUCUUCGCUUUCAAGUCUUUCCGGGAGAACUGGCAGCGGGCUUGGGUGCGAGCGCUGAACGAGCAGGCCUGCAGGGACGGGAGCUCUAUCCAAAUUGCCUUUGAAGAGGUGCCCCAACUUCCACCGAGAGCCAGCAUCAGUCAUGUGACCUGCAUAGACCAAUCAGAACGCACCAUGGUGCUGCAUUGCCAGCUCUCUGCUGAGGAGGUGCGGUUCCCAGUCUCUGUGACCCAGCAGUCCCCCGCUGCCGUCUCCAUGGAGACCUACCACGUCACUCUGACACUGCCACCAACACAGUUGGAAGUCAACCUGGAGGAAAUCCCUGGUGAGGGACUGCUAGUAUCCUGGGCCUUCACCGAUCGCCCAGAUCUCAGCCUGACGGUGCUUCCCAAGCUGCAGGCCAGGGAGAGAGAUGAGGAACAAGUAGAACUCUCCACGAUUGAGGAAAUGAUCAAAGAUGCUAUAGUCAGCACCCAGCCAGCCAUGAUGGUCAACCUCAGGGCUUGCUCUGCCCCAGGAAGCCUGGUACCCAGUGAGAAGCCACCCAUGAUGUCCCAGGUCCAGCCAGCCAUCCCCAGACCUACCCGGUUAUUCCUACGGCAGCUUCGAGCAUCUCACCUGGGAAAUGAGCUGGAAGGCACCGAGGAACUAUGCUGUGUAGCUGAACUCGACAACCCCAUGCAACAGAAGUGGACAAAGCCUGCGAGGGCUGGUCCCGAGGUGGAGUGGACAGAGGACCUGGCACUAGAUGUGGGUGCGCAGAGCCGGGAGCUGACCCUGAAAGUACUGAGGAGCAGCAGCUGUGGAGACACUGAACUCCUGGGCCAGGCCACACUGCCUGUGGGCUCCCCCUCCAGACCACUGUCUCGAAGACAGGUGUGCCCACUCACCCCAGGGCCAGGGAAAGCCCUGGGACCAGCAGCCACCAUGGCAGUGGAGCUGCAGUACGAGGAGGGCUCUCCCCAGAACCUGGGCACGCCCACCCCCUCCACUCCACGCCCCAGCAUCACACCUACCAAGAAGAUUGAGCUGGACCGGACUAUCAUGCCCGAUGGCACCAUUGUCACCACGGUCACCACCGUCCAGUCCCGGCCACGUAUAGAUGGCAAAUUAGACUCCCCCUCCCGCUCCCCGUCCAAGGUGGAGGUGACCGAGAAGACGACAACCGUGCUGAGCGAGAGCAGUGGCCCCAGCAAUACCUCCCACAGCAGCAGCCCAGGGGAAAGCCAGCUUUCCAACGGCUUGGACCCUGUGGCAGAGACAGCGAUUCGCCAGCUGACUGAGCCUAGCGGGCGGGGAGCCAAGAAGACACCCACCAAGCGCAGCACUCUCAUCAUCUCUGGUGUUUCCAAGGUGCCCAUUGCUCAGGAUGAGUUGGCACUAUCCCUGGGCUAUGCAGCAUCCCUGGAAGCCUCAAUGCAGGAUGACUCAGGGACCAGAGGAGGUCCCUCUUCACCUCCCUCAGACCCACCAGCCAUGUCCCCUGGACCCCUGGAUGCCCUCUCCAGUCCCACAAGUGUCCAGGAAGCAGAUGAGACAACACGUUCCGACAUUUCUGAGAGACCAUCCGUCGAUGACAUUGAGUCAGAAACAGGGUCCACUGGUGCCCUGGAGACCCGUAGCCUCAAGGAUCACAAAGUGAGUUUCCUGCGCAGUGGCACUAAGCUCAUCUUCCGCCGGAAGCCUCGACAGAAGGAAGCUGGUCUGAGCCAAUCACACGAUGACCUCUCCAACACAACGGCCACACCCAGUGUCCGAAAGAAGGCCGGCAGCUUUUCUCGCCGCCUUAUCAAGCGCUUUUCCUUCAAAUCCAAACCCAAGGCCAACGGCAACCCCAGCCCCCAGCUCUGAGGGUCCUCCUUACCUCCUGAGCUAGGAGAGAGCAAAAGUGCUCUCAGCCCAUUCCCCACAUCCCCUUCCAUACCCUUUCCUGGAUUCCCAGUGCCAGGGUCAGGAAAGCCCUCUGGGUUCCAGGAAGCCCUGUCCACCCUGGGCCAUGGGGCCGAUUGGAAGGGUACUUGCAACGGGAAGCAUGUGAGGUGGGCACCCGUUGCAGAGGACAUAGAAGAGGGAGUUGGUGGCUGGGAGUAAGAGGAGGGCUCUGUCCUGGCAUGUGUGGCAUUCCUCAGCGUUUGCCUCCUGCUGACACUGGCCCCUGAGAGGAGUCCCAGGGUGCUCAGCUCCUCAGCUGAUCCUUCCUCCCUUAUUUAUUCUCUUUUCUAUUUAUAUGUGUGGUCUAGGACCCUCAGUGAACAGAUGAUAGAGGGCAUCUCUCCCAGGUGACCCUUCUUUUCUGUCCCACACUUCCCUCAGGUCUCCACUCAGACCAGCACCAGUGUCUGCCUCUGAGGACAUUGCAGCUCAUAGAAAGCCGGGCCGGUGCCCAGGAUGGGGGGCAGGUACUCCCCACCUCCCUGCCUCCGCUUCUGCUCCUCACCCCCCCUUCCCUUUUAUUACCGUUUUUUGUACUUGAUGCCUUCUCUAUGAGCAGUGGCUCUGUUGGAAGGAGGGAGCCAGGAGCCUGGUGGGAAGCCUUCCCCAGAGAGAUGGCUUUAUGGGCUUUAUUUAAAGACUGUGUGAUGAUGGAGCAAGAGCAGGCUGCACCUCUGUAUGUUGGGAGAUGACGAUGAUGAUGUCCAUUGCUGUGUGAUGGCUUGGAAUUUAAUUUAUUAAAUUAAAGUCAAAUUGGAGUUUAUAA